AUGGCAGAAAAGAACAAAAAACAAAAUGUGCCGGUAAAACGAAAUAGAAGUUUGGCUGUUCCCCUGCUUAUAACAUCUUUAUUAUCUCUCGGAGUAUCAUACUAUGUGUAUAGGUUGAUAAAUACUCCUCCUAAGAUGCCUAAAGUAAAUCUAGAAGAAUAUUGGGGUCCAUAUCCUAUGAAAUCAAAUCCUGAUAAGUCUAUCAGGAGCUAUUCUGUAGAGUUUUCUGAGGUGAUGGUGAAUGAGUUACGAAACCUCCUGCUACAUAGAAGACCAUUCCAACCACCUCUUGAAGAUACAGGUUUUACAUAUGGUUUUAAUUCCAAUUUUCUUACCCGAGUUCUUGACUAUUGGCAAAAUAAAUACAAUUUUGUAGACAGGCAAAAUUUCUUAAACAAAUAUGAUCAAUAUGUUACUAAUAUUCAGGGACUUGAUAUACAUUUUGUACAUGUAAGGCCAAAUGUGGAACUUGAUGUUGAUAUAGUUCCUUUAUUACUUCUACAUGGCUGGCCUGGCUCCUUUAGAGAGUUCUAUGAACUCAUACCAGAGUUGGCAUAUAAACCAGGAAAUGAUUUUGCAGUGGAAGUAAUCAUACCUAGUUUACCUGGUUUUGGAUUUUCACAGGCUCCUGCUCGACCAGGCAUGGGUCCAUUAGAAAUGGCUGUAGUUAUGCGAAAUUUGAUGGAACACAUUGGGCAUGAAAAAUACUAUAUACAGGGUGGUGAUUUUGGUCAUGGAAUUGGUUCAAUAAUGGCAACUUUGUUUCCUGAUAAAGUCUUGGGUUUCCAUACUAAUAUGCCAGUUGUUGGACAUCCUAUGGGGACUAUUUAUACACUAAUUGGAUCAAUUUUCCCAAGUUUAAUAGUGGAACCGGAAAUAAAAGACCGGAUAUACCCACUCACUAAACAUAUAUCGUUUUUAUUAGAAGAAACUGGUUAUAUGCACCUACAUGCAACCAAACCGGAUACAGUAGGCAUAGCCCUAACAGACUCUCCAGCAGGUUUAGCAGCUUAUAUUCUAGAGAAAUUCUCGACAUGGGCAGACCCUAAUAAUAGGAACGCAAGUGAUGGAAACCUUUUGUCAAACUAUAUGUUGACACAUCUACUGGAUAAUGUAAUGGUGUAUUGGGCUAGUAAUAGCAUAACGACGUCGAUACGACUGUAUGCGGAGGCCUUUAGUAAGAAACAACUAGCAUAUGGGAUGGAUAUGAUACCAACAAGCACUCCAACUUGGGGUAUAAAAUUUAAGCACGAAAUUUUCACUCAACCCGAUAUAGUCCUAAAGCUUAAAUAUAAGAACUACUUACAUACAACAGUAGUGGAUGGAGGAGGUCAUUUCGCCUCGUUUGAGUCGCCCAAAAUCCUGGCCAAAGAUGUGUUGCAAGCUAUUAUUACUUUUAGGGAAUUUUGGGGUGUAAAGUAA